GGAACGGUCGGCUGUGCAAUGCGCGUGUUUUUUACUACCUUUAUCCGAUGAGAUGGAAAACGUGAAAUAGGGGACAUUUUGGUGCCGUGAAGAAAAAGCAUCUUCCACUGUUUAAAUACUUAUAGGUUUUAAUGGGGGAGUGUCUGUGUUGACGCGCCGUGCAAUGGCCCCCGCCGUUGCUGACGCAGUAGAUGCCGUAACCAAAGUUGACUCCUGAUAUUUAUGACGGCUAUAUUUCCUUUUUGCCUCGACAGGAGUAAGGACCGUAUGUGACGAGUGUUGCAGAAACACAGCCUCCAUAUGUCACGAUAAAGUAUGGACGGGUGGAGCCCUAUCGAUGCAGCAGCGUCGGAUAAUGACCGAUCCAGCUCCGAGGGGGAGUACAUGGUGGAGCCCGGACCCGAAGAUGAAACCCGGGAGGCGGCGGCAGCGGAGGCGGCGGCGGCGGCGGCGGACAGAGAGCAGCGGCGGGGUAACGUGGAGGGGAUAGAGGACGGGGGUACCGCUGCUGUCGGGUUUGGGAUAAGUGGCACUGGUGAGGGCAAAGUGGUGUUGGGUCGAGUCGGACAGAGAGACGACAAAGAACUCAGGUACCUGCACUUGUUGUGGGAGCCCGGGCGAGCAGAGCUCGGCGGCGCCGGUAGCGUGGCGAGCAAGCUGGGGAAGAUGACGGGGAGCCGGGCCAGGCGGCACCACAGAGCCGUGCGGAACCAGGGUCCUAUCGGUAAAGAUAUUUACGCUGUGAAGAGACUGAGGGAGGCAGCGAACAGCAAUGAUAUCGACACAGUUCGAAAGCUCCUGCAAGAGGACAUAGACCCCUGUGCAGCAGAUGACAAGGGAAGGACAGCUCUUCAUUUCUCUUCCUGCAACGGCAAUGAGAGCAUUGUGCAAUUGUUGCUGAGCCACGGCGCUGACCCCAACCAGCGAGACAGUCUGGGAAAUACCCCCCUCCAUCUGGCGGCCUGUACUAACCAUGUGCCUGUAAUCACCACAUUGCUGAGAGGAGGAGCCCGUGUGGACGCCCUCGACCGAGCAGGCAGGACGCCGCUGCAUCUAGCGCGCUCGAAGCUCAACAUUCUGCAGGAGGGAGAUUCACGCAGCUUAGAAACCCUGAGAGGGGAAGUCACACAGAUUAUUCAAAUGCUGAGGGAAUACCUGAACUUAAUGGGACAGAGUGAAGCUAAAGAGCGGCUGGAACACAUUUCCACACAGCUGCAGCACACACGCACCAAAGAGCAGGUGGAUGAGGUGACUGAUUUAUUGGCCAGUUUUACAUCACUCAGUCUACAGAAACAGAAUUUGGGGGAUAGGUAGAAGAUAAAGUGUAUAGAGAGCUGAAGUCCUGCUCCUUUCCAAGCAAGCCUCUGCUCCACUAGCAUCCAGACAAGCAAACUGGAACCAUGAUGCUGUGGUUUUCUGUCCAUAUGUCAAAACAAAUGUUCUGCUACAGUACUACUGUGCUGGACAGUAACAUUUCAACUCCUCAUUUUAACCAAGAUAAGACUGAUUAUUUUGUUAGCAUUCGAGUACAGCUCUGGUAAGAUUUCGAUGUGUGUGCACUAAUAUGCUAACAAUGCUAACAAAAUUAUUGUUGUCUUGGUUAAAUUGAAAAGAUGCUAAGGUUUUUGUGUGGCCAUUGCUGUUGUGUAGUAGAUAAGCAUUCAUCUGAAGGACAGAAAAAGAGUAUUGCAUGUCAGCCUUUCGAAAGAAAGAUAAAAGAAACCCCAAAUGGUAAAAUACAUUGAUAACAGGAAGCUAGGGGAAAAGAAGCUAACCCAGUGCAGUGGGACCUCGGCUCUCUACUGUGUGUGUAAGUGUGUAAGUGAGUGAUGUGUGUAUGAGUGAGUCAUCGCUGUGUUUGUGCGCUGACAUGUUCUCUUGUUGCCUGCCAUUGUUAGCCAAGCUCUAUGAUCAUUAUGAAAUGUAUUUCUCAUGAAAUGGUUUCACAGUCUUCACUGUUGUAAUUUUUGAUUUCUUAUCAGCAACACCUUUGGAUCACAAUGCCUUUUCUCUUGUACUGCAUGUUACGUUUGUAUGUCAACUGUAUUGUAAAAACUGAUUUGGCUGUUGUUGUAAAUGGUUGUGCGAAUCAAUAAAUCAAUAUCUUUGGCUAUA